AUGAACUCUAUAAAAUUUGGCGAUGAAAAUUCAGGUUCCCAGGUGGGGAUCAACAAUGGUGUGAUAAAUUUUUUGGAGGAGCGACCAGAAUCCCGCCCAGAGCCUCUGUCAACCGUGCCGUUCCCACACGACCCAGACUUUGUCAGUCGCGAUGCGCUAUUUGACCAAAUUGAUAAUAAAACUUCGAUCGGAGGGUCCAAAAUAGUACUUGUCGGCCUCGGCGGGGUUGGAAAAACACAACUUGCCGCUGAAUACUGCCACCGCGUUCGACAAAAAUCGCCAGGGACGUGGGUCUUUUGGAUCCACGCGAGUAACGCGGCCCGCUGCGAGAAAAGUCUCCGAGACCUCGCGGAUCGAACCAAGAUUCCCGGGCGCCAGGACCGCACUGCCAAUAUAUUCCAACUUGUCGGGAACUGGCUACGAGACGAAAGGAUCGGAAAAUGGAUUCUCGUACUUGAUAAUGUCGAUGAUGACGGGCUUCUCCGUAAACCUUCGGCGACCGAUCAGGAAGGUCAAGCAAACGGCCAGAGCAACGCUUCGACGCAGCCACUGCUAAGAUACCUCCUCGAGAGCUCAAAUGGCUCCAUUAUUGUCACAAGUCGGAACAAAGGAGUUGCGUUAGAGAUUUCCGGUUACAAAAAUCUCAUCGAAGUGCAACCAAUGGAGAAGGCCGAAGCACUAGAUCUGCUUAAAAAUAAGCUGAAUAUGCCUGCAGAGCGCGAGGACAUGGUACAGCUGGUUGAGGCGCUUGAAUUUAUGCCACUCGCGAUCAUACAGGCCGCUGGCUAUAUCACGCAUCGCUCACCUCGUUGCUCUGUGUCGCAAUACCUAUCAAAAAUUCGGAAAAGCGAUCGCGAAGCAGUACGACUGCUUAAUUACGAGGCAGGUCUUCUUCACCGAGACUGGGAGGCCAAGAACUCUAUCCUAUUUACAUGGCAAAUAUCAUUUGACCAUAUACAUCGUGUGAGACCUUCUGCAGCAGGCCUACUCUCUCUUAUGAGCUUUUUCGACCGGCAGGGAAUUACAGAGAGAUUACUCCGAGUUCAGCAAAGCCAAGAAACCAACAGCAACCUGUGUCCGGGGAAGGAUAAGGAUAAUACUAGUGAAAAGGAUGCAGACAGUGCAUCCGACUAUGACACAAAUGAGCGUUUCGAAGAUGAUGUUGCAACUCUUAGUGACUACUCAUUGAUUUCAGUCCGGGGACACAGCACAGUGCUCACAAUGCAUCGACUAGUGCAAUUGACUGUACGCACAUGGUUGAAAACUCAUGGCCAGCUCGAGCAGUGGAAGGGAAAAUUCAUACACAAUCUCUGUUGUGAAUUUCCAGACGGUGAAUAUGAAAGCUGGGAAAUGUGCCGAUCGCUUUUUCCACAUGUUAAAUCAGCGGCGUCCCAACGACCGGAAACACAACACUCUCUACAAGAAUGGGCUACGUUACUUUACAGAGGUGCAUGGUAUGCGUGGAAAAGUGGAAACAUAGCGGCAUCAAGGCAAAUGGCAUUAGAAUCGAGAGAGCAGAGAUUAAAGUUUUUUGGCGCAGACGGUGAGGAGACUGUGAACAGCACUGCGCUAUUAGCAAGGUCAUACAGACUGGAUGGCCGAUAUGAUGAGGCAGAGCAGCUCCAGGUGCAGGUGUUGGAGGCAAGCAAGACGAAACUCGGGGAAGACCAUCCUGACACACUCCUGAUUAUGGCCAACCUAGCUUCGACAUAUAGGAGCCAGGGCCAGUUGGAUAAGGCGGAGCGGCUCCAGGUGCAGGUGAUGGAGGCAAGCAAGACAACGCUCGGCGAGGACCAUCCCGACACGCUGACAACCAUAGCCAACCUGGCAGCGACUUUCUCGGGCCAAGGCCGAUGGGAGGAGGCCGAGGAGCUCGAUAUCCAGGUGGUGGAUACUCGCAAGGCCAAAUUUGGUGAGGACCAUCCCGACACGCUGGCCAGCAUGGCAAAUCUUGCGUUCACUUGGAAAUAUAUGGGUCGACAUACCGACGCUAUCGAUUUGCUCCGAAGUUGUAUUCUGAAGCAGCACCAAAUCAUAAGUCCCGCUCAUCCUCACGUUGCUUAUAACUCUAAUGCCCUGCUCGAAUGGGAGAUUGGGGCACCAUAUAUCGAUUCAUGA